UGGUAAAUUAGUUGAUAUUUUCAAAAUCAAUUCCGUAUAUCGUCUAACGACAUAUGAUAGAGAAGUAUAUAGAGAAGUUGGUUAGAAAAAAAUACUUAAGGUUUCUAAAAUGUUGGCGAACAUUAGAAUGAAAUUUUGGUGUCCUAUGCAGUUGAACGCUGCUGGAAUGAAAUACUUUGCACCCCAGAAAAAAAGUGAUUAUGUAGAAAAAGUGGAGCGCCCAAAACUUCGAGUAAUGGAGAGAGUGCCACAGUAUCCGCCAAAUAUCCGACCCCCAAAAAUGCAGAAGCGCUUAAAAUUUAUGAGAGGGCCUGAAAUUGUUCAUAACGAUUUUAUACAUAAACAAUAUGGAAUAAUUGCGGAAAGUGGUGGUCGUUUGCGAUGGGGUCAUUUUGAAAUGCUAAGGCUAACAAUCGGUCGCAAAAUGGACAUUAACAGAAUGUUUGCAAUAUGGAGAGUCCCGCCUCCCUGGCAACCUGUAACAAAAAAAGGCCAAGGACAGCGUAUGGGAGGUGGGAAAGGCGCUAUCGACUAUUAUGUUACACCAAUAAAGAAAGGCCGCGUUAUUCUAGAAAUUGCUGGCAACUGUGAAUUUUCUGAAGUGAAACCAUUUUUGGAUAUAGUGGCGCAGCAAUUACCUUUCAAAGCUCGUGUUAUAUCACACACUAUGUUAAAUGAUUCGGAAAAUACAGAACAUGAUCUGUCAAAUAGUUAUAUAAAGUAUAUAAUACAAAAUAAUUUGAGCGGUUGUCAUAAAUGGUUAUCUCCUGUGGACCACAAAUGGUUUGGGAAAUAUAAUUAGUUAUAGUUUAUUUUUCUUUUUUGAACUGUAAAAUAAAUUUUAUCUUGUUAUUACAAUA